AUGAGUUCGAGCAAGUCGUAUCUGGAAUUCUCUAUGAAUCACAAUCCAUUCUCGUUCCCCAUCACUCGCAACUCGACAGGGGAAAAUAUCUUCGAUGCGACUGCUCAUCCAAUUGGGUUUCUAUCGCAGUAUCUCAGCAUCUGCACAAAAUUACCCGAACCACUAAACAUCUACGGCCUGGGGGAAAGUUUUGACCCCUUCCGCCUGAAGACUUCGAACUACUCUAAGACGCUGUGGUCGCGAGAUGCUUAUGGGACACCUGAGCUCACAACCUGUACGGCAAUCACCCCUUAUAUUCUGACAACCGUGGGGAAAACGCCAUCCAUGUAUCUUGAGUAUCGCACCCGUGUUGGCGUCGUUGACUUGUAUUUCCUGGGCAGGCCUAAUCCGAAAGAAGUUGCCAUGCAGUAUCCACAGAGAGUUGGCCUUCCUGCAAUGAUGUCCUAUUGGCACUUUGGCUUCCACAAUUGUCGUUACGGUUAUUAUGAUAUCUACAAGAUUGCUGAGGUCAUUGCCAACUACUACAGUGCCGCAAACAUUCCACUGGAGACUCAAUGGACCGGUAUUGAUUACAUGAACCUUCGAAGAGUGUUCACUCCGGACCCAUACCAAUUCCCCUUUGACAAGACUCGAGACCUCGUUCCGCACCUGCACAAAAGCAACCAACACCAUAUGGUGAUGGUAGACCCAGCAGUCACAUAA